GCGCUUUAAGGCACACGUCAUUCAAGUUACUUCCAAACCAUAUUUUUUCAAGGAACGAAAAAAACAGAAUUGUUAUUAUUGAUAAAUAACUUAAUAGUUUGUUUUGACAAUAAGCCAUGUCUGAAUCAGAAGAAAGUUUCGAAAGUGCAAAAGACAACGAGAAUGAAAAUGAUGGGAAUGAAGGAACUAGCGACGAUGAGCCACUAGCUAAGAAAAAUAAAAAGUCGGCGUCACCAGCAAAAAAGGCAAAAAAAUCGCCAAAUAAAACCAAGGAAAAGAAAAAAGAUAAAAAAGGAACGAAAAAGAAAGGACGUGUAUCAUUUGCUCUAGUUCCAUCAGCUAAGAACGAUAAGGUUGAGGAGGAAUAUGAGGUCGAAAAUAUUGUUGGACAUCGCCUUUAUAAUGGCAAAUUGAUGUACAAAAUCCGUUGGAAGAACUAUGAGCCAAUCCACGAUACAUGGGAAACUUAUGAAUCAUUAUCAUGUCCUGAUAUCCUUGAAAUGUACAACAUUAAGCACAGUGUUGAAGUCCCUAAGAAAAUAUUAUCAGGAAAGGGUAAGGCAGGUAGGAAACCUAAAGCCACUAAAAAACGAGGUGGGUCUGUUAGCGAUUCAGACGGAGAUGAUGAAGACGAACCACCUUAUGAUGAAGGCAGCGAAGAGGAAUAUGAGGUUGAACGGAUCGUAGAAAUGCGAAUGAAGAAAGAUGGAUCAAGAGAAUUCCUAGUCCACUGGAAGCGUUGGAGCACAGACUACGACACAUGGGAACCUGAAAAAAAUCUCAGCUGUCCAGAUCUCAUUGAAAAGUUUAUGAAGAAAGUUGAGGAAGCAAAGAACUCAAAUUUGAAAGAAUUGAGAACAAAUCGAAAGCAUACGCAACGUUUCACAUUAAACACGAACGACUCAGGACGACGAUUAAGCAGACGAAAUAACAAACGCCAGCGAGUCACAUAUUUUGAUGCUGAACGAAGCGAAGAAGACUAAUAAGUUCGAAUAAUUAUAAAAAGUUUGAAAUUCAUUUAGUGAAUGCAUCAUCAAAUAUUGAGCGGUUUGUUGAAGCUGGCGAAAAGAAUGUCUUUCAACACGUCAAUAAUCCAUAAUUCAUAAGUAAUAAGUAUCGUCAUUAAGAAUUAUAAAUAAUAUUAAAUAAUAAUUACUAAACAAAAUUUUACAGUUUAAUGUCUGGAGUAAAGAUAAAAAGAAGAAUUAAAACUUAUCGUAGAAAUUUCAAAUAUUGUGUUUAAAAAUUAGC